CCGCCCCCGCGCGCCGCAGCUCCGCCUCGCCGCUGGGCUCCGGGCGGGCCGGCGGGCGCGGAGCGCUGCUAGCAGCCAUGAUGGAAGGCUCGGACGACGGCCCAGAUUUUCUGUCUGAGGAGGACCGAGGUCUUAGACAAAUAAAUGUAGAUCUUCAGACUGAUGCUGCUCUGCAAGUGGAUAUCUCAGACGCACUCAGUGAGAGGGACAAAGUGAAAUUCACUGUCCAUACAAAGAGUUCCUUACCAAAUUUCAAGCAAAAUGAAUUUUCUGUUGUGCGGCAACAUGAAGAGUUUAUUUGGCUUCACGAUUCUUUUGUUGAGAAUGAGGACUAUGCUGGCUAUAUUAUUCCACCAGCACCCCCCAGGCCUGACUUUGAUGCCUCAAGGGAGAAAUUGCAGAAACUCGGGGAAGGGGAAGGAUCAAUGACUAAAGAAGAAUUCACCAAGAUGAAACAAGAACUGGAAGCUGAGUAUUUGGCAAUAUUCAAGAAGACAGUUGCGAUGCAUGAAGUGUUUUUGUGUCGCGUGGCAGCACAUCCUAUUUUGAGAAAGGAUUUAAAUUUCCAUGUGUUCUUGGAAUAUAAUCAGGAUCUGAGUGUUCGUGGGAAAAACAAGAAAGAGAAACUUGAAGACUUCUUCAAGAACAUGGUUAAAUCAGCAGAUGGUGUCAUCGUUUCAGGAGUAAAGGAUGUGGAUGACUUCUUUGAACACGAAAGAACAUUCCUUGUAGAGUAUCACAACCGAGUGAAAGAUGCCUCUGCCAAAUCUGAUAAAAUGACAAGAUCACAUAAAAGUGUGGCAGAUGACUAUAAUAGAAUUGGUUCUUCAUUAUAUGCAUUAGGAACGCAGGACUCCACAGAUAUAUGCAAGUUUUUUCUGAAGGUGUCAGAGUUAUUUGACAAAACAAGGAAAAUAGAGGCCCGGGUGUCUGCUGAUGAAGAUCUUAAACUUUCUGAUCUUCUGAAGUAUUACCUAAGGGAAUCUCAAGCUGCUAAGGAUCUCCUAUAUAGAAGAUCUAGGUCACUAGUGGAUUAUGAAAAUGCUAAUAAGGCAUUGGAUAAAGCAAGAGCAAAGAACAAAGAUGUGUUGCAAGCUGAAACUACUCAGCAAAUAUGCUGUCAGAAGUUUGAGAAGAUUUCUGAAUCAGCAAAACAAGAACUGAUAGACUUUAAGACAAGAAGAGUUGCAGCAUUCAGAAAAAAUCUGGUGGAACUAGCAGAACUGGAAUUAAAGCAUGCUAAGGGUAACUUACAGCUGCUGCAGAGCUGCCUGGCAGUGUUAAAUGGUGACACAUAAGCUCCGCUCCGUCCUCCCACUAACAAGGGCUGCCCUCCUCUGGAUUCUGUUUCCAUGACUUUAAAACAGGCAUUUACAGUUCCUGGAGAAAACGUUCGACGAAGCGCGUAUAAGCCAGCUCCUUUCAAAAGAACGAAGCCCAACACCUGAAAGUAGCUCCAGACUAUAUGAAGCAACAGCAUACUUGUUAUACCUACAUACUCAUGUUUAUUUAAUCAUUAUGCUUUCAUGGUUCAGAAACCGACGCUCUGGUUUUUGUGAGACUAGCCGAUAUGAUUACGUUUCAUCUUACGAGUACUACGAUACGCUACCAACCUUCUUUACCUUUGUAAAGUUCACCCUUUCUCCAGCGCACCAUUUGAAGCACUUUGUUCAAAUGGCCCUAAAUAUUACCAUUAGAUAUUAGUAUAUUGUUACUAUAAUGGCAUUGUAUACACUUGUCUUAGUUUUGGGUUUGUUUUGUUGG